GGCGGUGUCCGUGUCUACGUGCGGAUCCAGCCUCACUCUCCCGGCCACUGCAGUCGCCUCUUCGUCCGUCAGACCGGAGUCUGCAGCAGCGGGUCAUACAGUACAGGGGUCGGUGGUCGAUGCUCUGGGGUCAAAAAUGGUGAAAAUUAUCACAGUGAAAACCAGGCCGUACGCGGACCAGAAGCCCGGUACUAGUGGUCUGAGGAAGCGGGUGACGGUGUUCCAGCAGAACCAGCACUAUGCGGAAAACUUCAUCCAGAGCACUAUCUCCGUCAUCGACCCAGCGGAGCGGCAAACGUCCACUUUGGUGGUGGGGGGAGACGGCAGGUUCUUCAUGAAGGACGCCAUUCAGCUCAUCGUCCAGAUCGCUGCUGCCAACGGGAUUAACCAUCUGGUGAUUGGUCAGAAUGGCAUCAUGUCCACCCCGGCCGUGUCCUGUGUGAUCCGCAAACUGAAGGCAGUAGGUGGCAUCAUCCUCACAGCCAGCCACAACCCCGGUGGUCCCAACGGAGACUUUGGCAUCAAGUACAACAUUUCCAGUGGAGGUCCUGCUCCAGAGGGCAUCACAAACAAAAUCUUUGACAUCAGCAAAGGCCUGCAGGAGUAUCACAUCUGUCCAGACCUGAAGGUGGAUCUGUCCAAAAUUGGGAAGCAGACCUUUGAGGUGGACACUUUCAAGCCUUUCACAGUGGAGAUUGUUGACUCCGUGGAGGCCUACGCUGAGAUGCUGAGAGGCAUCUUUGACUUUGCUGCACUGAAGGAACUUCUGUCAGGAGCCAAUCACAUUAAUGUCCGUUUGGACGCUAUGCAUGGAGUGGUGGGUCCUUACGUUAAGAAAAUAAUCUGUGAGGAACUGGGAUCUCCUGCCAACUCCGCCGUGAACUGUGUCCCCAAAGAGGAUUUUGGAGGUCACCACCCUGACCCCAAUCUGACCUACGCUGCUGACCUGGUCAACACCAUGAAAGGAGGAGAAUAUGACUUUGGAGCAGCUUUCGAUGGUGAUGGUGACCGCAACAUGGUAUUAGGUAAACAUGGCUUUUUCGUGAACCCUUCAGACUCCGUCGCUGUCAUUGCUGCCAAUUUUGCAAAGAUCCCUUAUUUCAACAAGAGUGGUAUCAAAGGUCUGGCCCGCAGUAUGCCCACCAGUGGAGCUCUGGACAGUGUGGCAAAAAAACGUGCAAUGGAACUUUAUGAAACUCCAACUGGCUGGAAGUUCUUUGGGAAUCUGAUGGACGCUGGAAAACUCUCACUUUGUGGAGAGGAGAGCUUCGGUACCGGCUCUGACCACAUCCGUGAGAAGGACGGCCUGUGGGCGGUGCUUGCCUGGUUGUCAAUCUUGGCCGGCAGGAAACAGAGCGUAGAGGACAUCAUGAAGGAUCACUGGCAAAGUUUUGGCAGGAACUUCUUUACCAGGUACGACUACGAGGAGGUCGACUCGGACGCUGCCAACAAGAUGAUGAAGGAUCUGGAGGCGGCCAUGAUGGAUCCUUCCUUUAAAGGGAAGAAGUUUUCAUCCGGCGAUAAGACAUACGAGGUGGAUAUCGCUGACAACUUUGCCUAUACAGACCCCGUGGACGGCAGUGUGUCCAAAAACCAGGGCCUGAGAAUCAUCUUCUCUGAUGGCUCGAGGAUCAUUUUCCGUCUCAGCGGGACAGGCAGCGCCGGGGCAACCGUCAGGCUCUACAUAGACAGCUACGAGAAGCUCGCCCCCAUGAUUUACCAGGAUCCACAGGUCAUGUUGGCUCCUCUGGUGGACAUCGCUCUGAAGGUUUCUCAGCUCCAUGAGAGAACUGGUCGCACCGGCCCCACCGUGAUCACAUGAUUCCUCCGCUGCACUGCCUCAACAUCCACGGGGGGGUGACACUGUCCUCGGGAGCUGGACGUCAAGCUGAAACUCACCCUGCUGUGUUUCCAGCAGUGAAUUGACAUUAACGGAACAGAGACCUGUGUGUGUAGACCGUGUCUGUCCAAGUGUGUGUCCUGUGUUAACUGUUAACUGUUGUCCCACAUUUGUCCUUCUCUGACCAUUGUUCAACAUCUGCAGGACAACCUCACCCCCCCCCCCCCCCCCCCCCCCACCCC